AUGGCUAUAUCAACAACAACAAUAUUAGAUCUCAACGACGAAUGCUUAACAGCUAUCUUCGAACAACUAAAGGGAAUGAGGGCGAAGCGGAAUUUUUCACGUGCCUGCGACAGAUUUGCAAAAAUUUAUUGUAACUACUAUAUACAUCAAUUAAUUGUCGAAGAUUGUGAAGCGUAUUUUUUCGAUAGUCGUUUAGUCACAAAAUUUGGCCAUUUAAUCGGAACUCAUAUGUUCCCAAUGCCGAAUCUUAAAAGCAUUAAAUUCGAUGAUACAUUUGCGCUGUUCUUCACCGAAAGAUUCUUUCGGGCGCUCAAACGAGAUCAUCAAACUAUAGAAAGCGUCGAGCUGCACGGCUUCGCAGAUAAAGACUUACAAAACCUGUUGCCUUUGCCCAACCUAAAGCGUCUACAUUUAAACUUCAGUCACGUAACUGGCAGCUACAUAGACCAAAUGAGUAACCUCAAGGAAUUAAUUAUCGAUAAUGUACACGAUUUCGAAUCCAGACAUUUGGUUAGCAUUCUUAAGCGAAAUAAGUUACAAAAACUGGUGGUACGCGCUUGUCCCUAUGUGUUCGCCAAAAUUGAUGCUUUGGAGAUGGCACAAAAUUUAAAUUAUUUACAAGAAUUAGAAGCGAACUGGCAUGAAAUACGCAAAUGGCAAUCAAUAGGCGACCUGCCGUGCCUAAAAGUGUUAAUUAUCAAUAAAUUCAAAACAUUACAAUGUCGCAGGUGUCGGAAAAUCGAACGUGGCGAUGCCAUGCUACCCGCCACUGGCUACUAUUAUGGCAUAUGUGAGUGCGGCUUGUAUGAGGCGAGAGAGUUAUUCAAAGGCUUACGUAAAAAGCAUAUUUUGGAAAAAUUAAUUUUUCUCGGCUCACGCAUAACAACCAGAGAUCUCACCUUCAUAUCGAAAUUAACCAGCUUAAAGACACUUUACAUGGGCGUAGAUAAUGUGCCGCUCUACGUUUCGAUAGCGAUGUUUAAUCGUUUAAGCGAGCUGGAAGAAAUAGAUAUAGGUUAUUCGUGGAAAUUGCCAAUCGAAGCUUUGGACUUUUUGAUGAAGUGCCAAAAACUGAAAUAUGUAAAUUUUGGCAAUUCGCAAGGUUUCCCUGAACAAUUUAUUUUGGAGGCAAUCGAAGUGAUUAAGCGUAGAGAAGUGCCACCUGUCAAACCGGUAAGGUUGCAGUUCAUGAAUCCGGACUUUUCUACAGAAUUCCUUGAGGAUGAACGUGUGAUAGCAGCCAAACCUUUCCUGCAAAUUGAGCAUUUCCAGACGGUAGAAAUGACAAGACGCCUCUACAAUUACAUAUAUUAUUUUUGAUGGACUUUUGUUAAACACAGCGUGAUCGUUAGUAUUACCGUUAGCUUGAUUUAUGUA